AUGACAGACUCGCAUCGCUCAACGACAACCACCAACUCGCUCGCAUCAAGUUCAAAAAAACAAGGACAGAAAAACAUCAAGAGGUCUUUUCACAACUCAGAAAAGAGCGGACCUUCAAACCGGAAAUGUCCAAAGUGUUCCGAAGAACACUACAUAGGUCGCUGCCCGACCUUUAAACAACUUAGCACAUUGGAGCGCCUUAACGAAGCACGACGAAUGAAACUCUGUUUUAAUUGUCUAGGCCUUCACCAAAUCAAGGACUGCACUUCCAAGGGACGCUGCUUCGAAUGUCAUAAGGAACAUCACAGCCUUCUGCACAGGCCAUCUAGAGACGAAAAAUCCGAGCACGAAAAGAAGGCAAAAGGCCCUCACCAGACACAAAGUCCACCGGCUAGUGCUGCAUUCUCCGUCCGUACGAAUACAACGUCCAUCAGCAGAUCCAAACGGACAAUUCUUCUGGCAACAGCCUGCGCUGUUCUUGAGGGACCAAAAGGCCAAAUCAAGGCCCGUGCCAUGCUGGAUCAAGGAUCCGAGGUAUCCUUCAUUUCACAGGAUGUCGUAAGGCAAUUGGGACUAUCAUGCUACCCCGCAAAUGUCACUAUCCUGGGAUUGGGAAACCACAAAGUGGGGGAGGCAAAAACAGUUGCCACGAUGACCCUAAGGUCCGUGCACCAACCCGACUUCCAUCUCGAAUUCCAAGCUUAUGUGGUCCCGAAACUUACAUCAAGGCUUCCAACAAGAAGAAUAGUGGAGAUCGAUCUAGAUUGGCUCGGAGCAGAAAAGUUGGCUGAUCCUCUGUACUACCAACCUGGAACAAUCCAACUUAUAAUCGGUGCCGAUUACUAUGGACAGUUAUUAGUACCAGGGCUGUACCAGAUUGAAAACCCAAAAGCAACAGCCCAAAAAACAGCUCUGGGCUGGGUUGUUUCGGGAACAGUUCAAACCGAGUCUAAACGGCGGGCGGAACCAACUUCACCAAUAACAGUUUCGUCAAUGCAUUGCUUACCGUCAGAAAAUAUUCAAGAUCAACUACAACGCUUUUGGGAAUUCGAAACAAUCCCAAAUAACAAAGUUAUCAAGCCAGACGACGAACGUUGUGAAAAACAUUUCGUCAAUACACAUACACGAACCCCAGAAGGCCAGUACAUGGUCCGUCUUCCCAUUAAGUGUCAACCUCCAGAGGCUGCGGCUGAAACAAGAAAAAUGGCUGCAAGCAGCCUAAUUGGAACAGAGCGACGAUUUAAACAAGAUAUCAAGUUAUCCGAAGCCUACUGCGAGUUCAUGGAUAAUUACGAAUCAGACGGCCACAUGGAGAGAGUUCCAGAGGAGGAAUUAAACAACCCAAAGGCUUGGUACAUACCACACCACGCAAUAAUCUAA